AUGAUAAUGCCGCUUUUCAACCUUUGGGCCUACCCCGAAGAGGAUUGGUCCCCUCAUUCCUUCAUGGACAUCCUGGAGGCGAGCUAUUCUCGCUCCGCACAACACUUUCCCGGUCAGCUCCAGGAGCUUGUGAACUUCUUCAGUGACAAGUCCUACUUCCCAUGGCGCGUGCGCGCCAAGAGCGACCUAACGCACCCAGCAGAAGUCCUGCAGGUUCUGCCGUGGAUCGCCCAGACUGGGCCGCCCAAGCGGAUCAGCAACAGCGUGGUGUUCGGUUCCACACACAUCCUCGUGGACUUUGAUUUCUCGGAGCCAAAUCGGCUCGAUGCGUGGAUGAACGUGGUGCUGCUCCUGCUAGUCAUGGUCCUGAUGAUUGGCUUUUCGCUGGUUCUUUCGAAUUCUGUAUCCAGCAUCGUACUGAAGCCAUUGGAGCAGCUCCUGACUCAGGUGAGGCAGAUGGCAUCGACGAUCUUUCAGUCUGUCACGGACAUGGAGGUCGUCAUGAAAGAGCCGGCGAACGAGGCGAACUCCGAGCAGGAUGACCUCCAUGAGACGAAAUUCGGCAACGAGACGCAACUCCUAGCGAAGGUCGUGCAGAAGCUUGCAGUGAUCAGCGAGAUCACCAUGAACAAGCCCAUGCUCGACGUGCAGCUGUUGCAGAAUCUCGCCGAGAACGACCGGGCCGUGAUCUCCGGCUUCCAGGGCGGCCUCCCUGCGCAGGACAAGCUUUUCGAUCGCGGCGAUGAGAUGGAGAAUGCCUUGGACAUGGAGUCCAUCGAGCUCGCGCAGCGUGCCAUGGUGGAGAAUGCAGGCCUCUCCAUGGAGCUGCUGGACUCCUGGAACCUCAAUCCCUUGGAGUUGGAUAAAGCUCGGAACCAUGUGGCGGCCAUGUACUUCUGCAGCUCGCACAACCAUGGCGUGGAGUUUGAUUCUGUCAUUAUGGGCAAUUUUCUCAGUGAGGCCGAGUCCGGCUAUGUGAAGUCUGCUCCGUACCACAAUUGGUUCCAUGCAGUCGACUGCGCCCACGCCGUUUAUCGGCUACUGCAAAUGUGCAUUGCUGAGGUCUUUCUGACACGGGAAGAGAGGUAUGCUCUCCUGGCCAGUGCCGUUUGCCACGAUCUUGGUCACCCAGGACUAAACAAUGUUUUCCUCAUCGAAACGUCCCACGAGUUGGCUCUGCGCUACAACGAUAAAUCGCCUCUGGAGAACAUGCACUGCUCCAAGAUGUUCGAGCUUGUGAGUCAGGCCAGAUGCAACAUUUUCUCCACGCUGUCGAAGACCCAGUACUUCGAUGUGCGCAAAGUCUGCAUUGAGUCCAUCUUGCACACCGACAAUGCGCAGCACUUCACCAUGGUGAAGGACGUGCAGAUGCUUUACGAGGUGAACUCGGAGAUUUGGGAUGCUUCACGGCUCCUCUUCCUGCAGGAGGGUGGCGACUUCCUGGCGCAGGAGGCUGUGGACCUUCUCAGACUCGUCGAGUCACGCAAGCUGUGGCUAAGCUGGCACAAGACGGGUGGGAGAUGUUUCGACAUCAUGCACUCGGGGCACUACAACGCCAUACGGCAAGCCAAAAGCAUAUGUGACGUUCUUGUGGUGGGCAUCCACUCCGAUCAGGAGAUUGCAGACAACAAGUCAGUCCCCGUCAUGAAGCAAACGGAGCGCUAUGGCCUCCUGGAUCACAUAAAAUGGAUCGACGAGAUCCUCUACGAGGUCCCCUAUUCUCCUGAGAUGGCCACCCUGGAACGUGCCUCCGCCGACUUCUGUAUUCACGGUGACGACAUGCCAGUCAACGCCCAGGGGGUUUGCGCCUACGAUGAAAUGCGCAUUGCAGGACGGCUUCGCAUCAUCAAGAGGACGGAGGGUGUGUCAACCACCGACCUUAUUGGCCGCUUGCUGACCCUGUCACGAAACCAGCCGGCUGACUUCGGUGGCCAGCAAUCGCCGAACAUGGGCUACCGCAUCAGCCCAGAUGCAGCAAUUGAGCAGUGUACCAUGCCAGCGGCGCAUGUAGAUUUCUCCGAUUCCGUGCGGGAAGCGCUGCUUGCAGUGGACCAGCUGGGGGAAAGCUACAAAAUCAAUGAGGAGGAUCUUCGGUCCCUCAAGACAAAGAUCACGGCUGCAGCUGCACCACAGCCGAGCAGCAGCUUUGUGGAGGGAGGCUCGUCUCCAGCACAACCAGGUGGCUCUCAGCAACGGACCAAAGCUCCGGUGCAGCUUCUGGCCAGCACCCGGCGGAUCCGAGAGUUUUCCACAGCGAGGCAGCCAACUUCGGAGGAUAAGGUCAUUUAUGCCUGCGGCUCUUUCGACAUGUUUCAUGUCGGCCACGCCGAGUUCUUGAAGGAGGCCCGUGCUCUCGGCACCUUCCUCCUGGUCGGCAUCUAUGACGAUGCAAGCAUAAGCCGAGCUCGGGGACAGAGCCUUCCGGUGAUGAAUUUGAACGAGCGGGUGCUGAACGUUUGUGCCUGCAAGUGGGUCGACGAAGUCAUCAUUGGCGCGCCCAGGCACAUUACCGAGGACCUCAUCAAGACCUGGGACAUUCACAUUGUGGCUCGUGGCUCUAGCCAUAUGCGAACGACUGGCUCUUCUCAAAGAGAGCGCUUCGAG